UUCCUCGUCCGUCCUUCCUGCCCGCACAAGGGAUUUCGUUUCCUCCCGUUCGUUGAAGCCGGCGGAGACGCGAGUCGACGAGCGAGACGGGGAGGCGGCCUCGCGCCACCAGCCCGAGCUCCCCGCGCCAUGGAUCCCAUCAUGAAGCUCCUCGAGGACGACGAGGACGAGAGCCUGCACUCGGGCGCCGACGUCGAGGCCUUCACGGCGGCGCUCAACCGCGAGGUGGAGGCCAGCGCCAGCAGCAGCACCACCAUCAGUGCCCCGGCCGCCGCCUCGUCGUCCCAGCCUAUGGAUCACGGCGCCGCACUUUUACCUCAGGAAAACAAGUCAUUAUUAAACCAUGGUCAUGGACAGUGGCAAGAUCCAGUAAAGAAUGAAACUGCAAACCAGGAUAGUCAACAACAGGAACAGACAUAUCUACAUAGGAAUGAUCAGCCAUCAAGACCUGAAAUGGUUUCUCAAGGUUCUGAUAAUAAACACCUUCCCUCUAAUACACCAAAAGAAUGUGAGUUACUGAAGGUAAAGCAAGAGCCUGGAAACACAUCUCAACAAGGUAUUGUUGCUCAGCAGCAGCCUUUGCAGCAAAUGAAGAGUGAACAAACAUCAGUUGUUGCUCAGCAGCAGCCUAUGCAGCAAAUGAAGAAUGAACAAACACCAAUUGUUGCUCAGCAGCAGCCUAUGCAGCAAAUGAAGAGUCAACAAACACCACACACAAACCAAACAAAUGGUGCAACUACGACAGCAAAAGCCCCAGUUGUCACAUUUCACAUGUUACUACCUAUUUUGAGACGGUAUAUUGACAAAGACAAGGAUAUGCAAGUUCAGUCCAUUUUUGCCAAGCUGCGGAAAAAUGAGGUCAGCAAGGAACACUUCUUAAAAGUUGUAAGGAAUAUUGUUGGCGAUAAGGUGCUUAAGUUAGCACUUUCAGAAUAUCAAAUGCAGCACACUGCUCAGGCACAGCGAAAUUCUCAGACAAAUCCAAGCAACUAUUCUUUAUUAAGUCAAGUUUCUGGUCAGCAGACUGUUCCCAGUGGUUCUAUGACAGAUGAGCAGGAGGCAUAUCCAGGGGCUCAAACCAUCCCUACAAAACAAGCUAUUGACAGCCUAAGAGCACCUCAAUUUCGGCCUUCCUCGUCUGGCCAAAUGCAGAGUAUUAGGGGUUUUUCACCUUCACAAAGCAAUGCACAUAAGGCUAAUGAAACGGGAAACAUUUCAGAUGGGAAAGGAGUGCAUGUGCUACAAACCCGCCCACCCAAUAACUUACUUCCGGUGCAAACAAUGCAGCAUCAUGUGCAGCGUCCACAAACAUCCUCACCGAUGUUUGGGACAAAUAGUAUUCAUGCACGCCCAUUUCCACGACCAGUUGGAAGUCCAGCUGCAUCAUUUAGACCACAAAUGACAGAUUCCAAUCAAAGAGCACAGUUGGUCCAGGGAGCUGUGACCACAGUAGCUGGGAGUGUGCCAACACAAUCUAUAGUGCCUGGAAAUGCGGCAACUAAUCAACCUAAAUGGCAACAAUCAGCAAACAAGGAGCAGAAAACUAAUUCUUUUGCUCCAACAGCAUUGAAUAAAGAAACUAUUAGCCAAAACUCUGAAUCUUCGCAGAAUUCUUUUGUUGCAAUGCAUACAAAACAAGUCAAUCAAUCCCUGGGUUCUUCAAAAGGUGGCGGCGGCAUGGAAAACCAGCCAAAAUUAAGUGCUUCUAAGUCUUCGACCACAACAAGCAUAAGUCAGACUCAAUCUCAUGGCACUCAAGCAGAUCCUAAAUUGCAGGUUCAAUCUUCUGUGCAAGCACCUCCUGCAGCAGCUUCUAAAACACCUCAGAGGAAGGCAUCUGGACAGAAGAAGCCUCUGGAAGCAUUGGGCUCUUCUCCUCCACCAUCUAGCAAAAAGCAAAAGACAUCCGGAGGUUUCCAUGAACAAAGCAUUGACCAGCUUAAUGAUGUCACUGCAGUUAGUGGUGUUAAUCUGAGGGAAGAAGAGGAACAACUUUUCUCUGCUCCAAAGGAAGAGAGUCGAGUUUCCGAAGCUGCUCGGAGAGUUGUUCAACUAGAAGAAGAAAAGCUCAUUCUACAGAAGGGACCCUUGACAAAGAAAUUAGCAGAAAUCAUGAGGAAAUGUAAUUUAAAGGUCAUUGGCACUGAUGUGGAACGUUGUCUAUCAAUGUGUGUCGAGGAGAGGUUACGAGGAUUUAUAAGCAAUAUAAUAAGGUUCUCUAAACAGAGGGUUGAUGUUGAAAAGUCAAGGCAUUGUUUUUAUCCAUUAUCCUCAGAUGUCCGCAGUCAUAUUAUGAGGGUGAACCGAGAAGCUAAAGAACAGUGGGACAAAAAGCAGGCUGAAGAUGCUGAAAGAAUAAGGAAACAAAAUGAUGGAGAUGGCUGUACAAAUAUCGAUCUAGAAAAAGACAAGAAUGAGACCCGUGCCUCGUCAAAGCAUGCAAAGUACAAGGAGGACGAUGAUAAGAUGAGAACCACAGCUGCAAAUGUUGCUGCGCGGGUUGCUGCUGGAGGAGAUGACAUGCUGUCAAAGUGGCAAUUGCUAGCUGAACGAAAUAAACAGAGAAGUGAGGGAGGUGACGGUUCUUCUGGCUCUCUACCAGGUAACAUGUUGCAACACAAGCCAUCACCAAAAUCUGGGAAAGACUCGAGGGAGGAACAGGAAAAUGAAAAGAGGGGCUACUCCACAAUGCUUGGAUCUGUUCUGAGGGUAGUGGGGUUCCAAGUGUGUACACCAUGGUUUAUGAGGCGUCUCCUUCCAGCCAUACCCCUGGCAUCACAGGACGCCACAAGGUUUUAGUUACACCACAAUGCCUAGAUGUGCAGGCGUGUACCCCCAACGCCUCAGGAUGGCACAACAUCUCAGAAACCUUGGUGUACACAAUCAUGGGUUGGAUUGUGUAAAUCAAGUUAUUAAAGGCUAAGUCUUACCUUUUGUAUUCAGGUGUACAAUGAUAUUAGUAGUCAAGGGAUUUAUCAACAGUAAGAUGCUUAUUCUACUUUUUGUUGACAUACUGAAGCUUAACUUGUAGUACAUAGACUUUCCCAGUAAAUGGGCAAAUAUAGUGCACAACAUGUUUUGUAUCUUUCUAUUUUCAUUCGUUGCUGUUAGAAGUGUGCAAUGGUGUGGGUUAGCUCAAUACUCUUUUCAUAUGUUGAAGAUUUUGUUUUGUUUCUAUAUAAUCAAUUUUAAUAUCCAAAUGGUAGCAUAAUGUUGUCAGAACACAACCUGACUUCAUAGCAGAACCUAAAUUUUUAUUUCGGUGCGACUUGCAAAUAUUUUAACGUUCUUGAGGAAAUUGGUCUUAGGGGUUAGCAAAAAUACACCAAACCUGAGGAACCGAACGAAAAUCGACACACUGAAAUUUGGUUCUUUUGGUGUUCAGUUUGGUUCCUCUUUCUCCAUUGUUCAGUGUACAAUGUUUAGCUCAGUUUUUAGGCCAGAAACACUGAACACCUGAAGUAACUGAUCUGCUGUGUCCUUACGUCGAUCUGCCUAGGCCAUCACAACCCUGGCCCAAUGGUCCAUCAUGCAUCCAUCGGCCUAGCCUACUAGCAGCCAGCAGAGAAGCAACGCUUCCUUUCUCACAUCAUCACAUUCACGUGUGUGCCGUGACUUUCUGAUCCCCUUCUCUCCCGUUGCCUUUUGCUUUUCAUCUUUGCAUGUGGCCUGUUAGUUCUUAAUCUCUCUCCUAGACCCAGUGCAAAUUGGUGUCCCAGCAGUUGCCUACACACGUGUGUGCUACUCUCAUCCGUAUCAAUCCGCAUCACGAGCGCAGCCACUACGAUCCAAAGCCCCACUGGCGCGGCCAUGGCCAGUAGUCUGAAGAAGAGGCAUGGUACAUUCUAUUGUUGUGAGCCGCAUGGCUAGAUUUGGUGGUGGUGGAGUUGAUUUCGUUUGAGCAGUGUGAGGAUGGGAACUCAAAGAGAGUCUAGUCGUCUAAUAUUCGUGACAUGGAGAGCAUUCUUUGGUGAAACUGAGACAUCGAACUGAAACCGAUAACGCUGGUUUUUGGUCUUUUCAUGACAACUUCGGUUGCAAAUUUCCAAAAAGCAAAGUUCUUAUUCACCGGGAAAACAGUAGCAUAAAAACCAAUUAAAUCAAAUGCCCAGCCGUAAUUGGUCUAACGUCUACGUGCGGAUUAAAAAGAACUUAGUGCUUUCAAGUUCAUUCAGUUAGUUUUUUUUAAACAAAGGAAAUAUGAAGUGGUAGUACCAAUUGAGAUCCAUCCAAAAUGUACUUUGUGAAUGAUAUGGCUAUAUUAUUCAGAUGAUACAGAUUGAGGUAGACAGAUAUCUCUCCCUCACGCUGGAGGCUCUGAGAUUGAAUCUACUACUUCUUCCUUGCCUUCUAUUAUUGCACUGGGUCUCUUAUAUAUCGAGCCCCCCUAACAACUUGAAACAAACCAACUAUAUCUCUAAAUAUCUUAACAAACCAAAAGCCUAACUACUGGUGGACGCCUGGCCCUUCUUCUUGCGCUGAUAUUGAUGCCCAAAGAAAGCGUCCACAACAGUGAAUGACAUGAAAAUGGGGAAGGACUUUAGAGAUCACUUUUCCUACAAAAGUUUGUGACCAGACAAUGAACAGAGUGCUUGAAAUAGCACUUCCAGCUCAAUGCCGUUACACUUAAUAUGACUUAAAAAUCUUCUAUGCAAAGAAAAAUAUAUUCAUCCCCAUGAAAUAUCAACUGGUGGUAAGUUCCAGAUGUAAUUGGCAGGGAUAAUGUGCAAAAAGUCUGUAUGCCCUAUCAUCUGUCAUCCCCAUAUUUCUUUUCUAAGCAGUAGCCAUUUAUCCAUUUUAAAAUGUUAGUGAUGUGGCACUUUGCUCAUGUUCCUACAAAAGUUUGUGACCUGAGAAUGAACGGAGUGCUUGAAAUAACACUUCCAGCUCAUCGCCGUUACACUUAAAAUGAUUUGAAAAUCUUCUAUGCAAAGAAAAAUAUAUUUGUCCCCAUGAAAUAUCAAUUGGUAAGUUCCAGAUGUAGAAUUUGCAGGGAUAAUGUGCAAAACGUCUGUAUGCCCUAUCAUCUGUCAUCUAUUUCUUUAAGCAGUCCAUUUAUCCAUUUUGAAAUGUUAGUGAUGCGGCAGUCUGCUCAUGUUCACAAUUUUGGGAUUGAACUUGAUAGAUGAGAAGAAGAUAAUUAGGUGAAAACAAGAAAUAAUUUUAUAUGGAUAAUAUUUUUAAUGACCCUUCUACAAGAAUUUGAUUUCAAAUUCAAUAGACCCUAAGACAACAAUGAUGCUAUAAUUAUAGUUUCUUUGCUAUCAGGCUACCACCAACAGUAUAAGUUGAUAAAACAUGUAUAAUAUAUAAGUAAACAAUAUUCCAGGAAGUUAGUUAGGAAACUAAUCCAUUUUAAAUAUUGAAUUUAUAUGUUAGAUCAAACUGAGUAUUUACCAUGCCUGCACUAGUUUGUUUCCUUAGACCUAAA